CAUGACAAUAACAUGGCUGCGCCCAGGCCUGGAAACACAGAGAGAGGAUGGAAUGAUCCACCCGUUUUUGACUAUCAGUCCUCUAGUGUCCUCCAGUCUUCACACAAAAGGACAAAUCUGAAUAGGAGAGUUGCCUACCCUUUAUCUACCAAUGAGGAUAAAGCAAUGAGUGGCAGUUCAGGUACCACAUUGAAUCCAACUGAUGGACCUCCUGUUCUUAUGCCAGCAUCUCUACAUGGUACCACUCUAAACCCCUCCGAUGGACCCCCUGUACUUACGCCAGUAGUUAACCCCUCCCCAGUGCAGCUUCUGCCCCCAGUACCCACCACCUGUGCCCCUUCCCCAGUUCCCCUCCUAAUUCCUGGAAUGGUUGUGGCACCACCUGCUGUAAACACAGUUGUACCAGAAGUCACAAAGGACAAUUUAGUAGGGUUUAACUGUCUAGAGGAGGCAGUGGAGGGACUGAAGCUCCAAAGUCCUGCAGAGUUAGUGGAUACUAUUACAAACUCACUUCACCAGAGUCUGGAGAAAGUCAAGUCCUCAUUAACAGAGAGGUCUUUUGACGAUGUUAAAAAGAAGAUCCAAAUGUUCCGAGAGUCGUGGGAUAAAUUGUCUCACCCUGUGAAGUGCAGAAUGUGCAGCAUGGCAGAUGCUUUAAAAAAGAACAUCUAUGAUGCAGCAUGGUCCAUUCAUCAAAAUCUGAUGGUAGACUACACAACAGAGGUGAAUGUUUGGAUGGUUGGUAUAAAAAAGAUCAUCCAUGAAUUAAAAAAUCUCCCUGAACCGUCCGAGGCACCUGCUGAAGGUACAGAAUCAACUGAAAAGAGUAACAGUCCAGUGACUCAGUCAGACUCCACUAACUCUGAGACAGGAACCAGUGUAGAUCGGGCACCAGAAAACCAAGGUGUGACAGACAGUGAAACAAAAACAAAGGAAGUGGACAAGGAGCCUGACAUACAGACAGACAAUGAUACAGAAGAAAAACCACAAAGCAGCACAGAAUAAUGUUGUUAAAGGCGAUAGAGUCAGAAAAAUGUUUGGGGUCAGUAAUUGACAUGAUAUUUCUUUCCUCUUUCACCUGUUUUCACUCCCUUAAAAGAAUAAAAGCUGAUAGUGUAAGAAAAGAAAGAAAAAUAAGUAUUGUUUGGUGUUGGAUAAAUAAAAAAAAUUGUAAUAUCAUAAUUAGUAUAUGUUCAAAGAAAUUGUACUUCUGUUUUUGCUAGUAUUACAUACUUUUACAAGGGCAAUUUACACUAAAAAUUUAGUAUUGCAGUUUCAAAAGAAUAUAAAAUGCAAUUUAGACAUAGUUGUUGCUUAUUUUUAAUUGUUAUGAGUAGGAUCUGAGAUCACUUUUUAGUGGCAAUAUUUAUUAUAUGGUGCUUUACUUUAGAUGAGGUUACUAUAAAUUAUGGAUUGUAAUAAAUACAAGUAAUUUUUGGUAUCUUCACAUCGGAUAUGUUGACAACCUUGGAUAGGUCGACCUCCGUCCGCGGCCCCAUCAGUAUUUAUUAUAUAAAUGAUUUGCAAAAAAAUGUGGAUAUGUCAACCUCAGUAAUGUCAACUACCCCACUUAUCUCAACGUAUAUUCACAGUCCCUAGAGCAAAAUGUACCUGGAAGAUGUCAAUUUUAGGGCUAUUUUCUGCUCUGCUAAACCUUACUGUUUGUCAAACAGUCACUUGUCACGCACGGACGACUCCAUGUAUCUCAACAUCGUAAGAAUUUUACACCUUUCAAAUCCAUGUUUUGACUGCACACUGUACAGUUAAUUUUGACUUUAUUUGUAAAUGAAGCCCAAGCAAUCUCGGAUGUCGAUAAGACGUUUAAAGUUUUAAAAGCUUGGCUAAUAUCAUUGAUAAGUCUACUGAUUCUGUGUAAACAAACAAACCUGUAUUUAUAUCAAAACCUUUUUUAAAUUUGAUUUAAAAAGGGCAACUUAAUUAUAAUGAGUAACAAACACAUUGAAUCCAAUUCAGAUAUUUUAUGUAAGAAAUUUAUUUAUUUUAUAUUUUGUGGUAUAAAUGCAUUCAUCAGGUAACAAUCCAAUCAACGAAACAUUUAACUGAUGAUUAAUUUAAAAAGCUCAGAUUCAUAUAUAUGUAACAUCACUGCCUUAUUUCAAGUAGACAAAUGUUUUAAAAUUUUGUGUUUUUUUAGCUCACCUGAGCUGAAAGCUCAAGUGAGCUUUUCUGAUCACCCGUUGUCCGUCGUCCGUCCGUCUGUCUGUCUGUCCGUCUGUCCGUCCGUCCGUCCGUCUGUAAACUUUUCACAUUUUCAACUUCUACUCAAGAACCACUGGGCCAAUUUUAACCAAACUUGGUACAAAGUAUCCUUGGGGGAAGGGGAGUUUAAAUUGUUAAAAUAAAGGGCCAAGUCCCCUUACAAGGGGAGAUAAUCAAGAAAAGACAAAAAUAGGGUGGGGUCAUAAAAAAAUCUUCUUCUCAAGAACCACUGGGCCAGAAAAGCUGAAACUUAAUUUUAAGCAUCCUGGGAUAGUGUAGAUUCUAAAUUGUUAAAAUCAUGACCCCCGGGGGUAGGGCGGGGCCACAAUAGGGAAUCCAAUUUUUACAUUGAAAUAUAUAGGAAAAAUCUUGAAAAAUCUUCUUCUCAAGAACCACUGGGCCAGAAAAACUGAAACUUAUGUGGAAGCAUCCUGGGGUAGUGUAGAUUCUCAAUUGUUCAAAUCAUGACCCCCGGGGGUAGGGUGGGGCCACAAUAGGGAAUCCAAGUUUUACAUUGAAAUAUAGGAGAAAUCUUUAAAAAUCUUCUUCUCAAGAACCACUGAGCCAGAAAAACUGAAACUUAUGUGGAAGCAUCCUGGGGUAGUGUAGAUUCUAAAUUGUUAAAAUCAUGACCCCCGGGGGUAGGGCGAGGCCACAAUAGGGAAUCCAAGUUUUACAUUGAAAUAUAUGGGAAAAAUCUUGAAAAAUCUUCUUCUCAAGAACUACUGAGCCAGAAAAGCUGAAACUUAUGUGGAAGCAUCCUCAAGUAGUGUACACUCUAAAUUGUUCAAAUCAUGACCCCGGGGAUGG